AUGCGAUCUGGUACCGCAGGGGGACACACGAGGAAGAACUCCACCCCGGUGGCAGGAAGAUUCUCCUUUUUCGGUCUGCGUCGGACUGCCGAACCGAGUUUCCAAAUCCCCGAGCCCGCGGAAGAUGAACUCUUGAAUCUCGACCUCGAAGCAGCUCUGUCUUUGCCAGAGAUCGACACGAAUCCCGAAGAAGCCAUGAACAAUCUCCGUGACCAGGCCUCCACCGUGCUGCAUCGCAUGCAGGAAGCCUAUAAACAAAGGACCUUUGCAAUGCACCAAGCGUUGGCUGAUCGAGAUGAGAAGCUUGAGGAGCUCGAGGAGACACGUGCGCGGGUGGAUCACCUCAAAAUGCAAUUGGAUGGCAUGGCUGCCAAGGUCAUGGAUCAGGAGAGGGCCAUGAAAGCCAUGGCCGACGAUUUAGAACGAGAGAAGAAUUUGCGACAGCGUGAACAGUCUUCUAGCCGGGGUCUGACUAUGCGGACGGUUGCUUCCGAGGAAGACAACGCGUCGCUCGUGCUUCAGGCUCCUCAUCGCAACAGCAAGCGUACCAGCCACGGGACCUUCGCCAGUGAUUCCGGCUUUGAGUCGGGGGACGAAAGCGUGACCGACAGCAUCUUUUCGAACAAAGAGUCUCUGGAGUCUCCGACAUCUACGAUAGCCGCUCCAUCCCAGAAUCUCUCCCAUCUCGUCAUGUCUGCUACCUCCCCAGUGCCGGCGUCGAACCCAUCGACGCCGACUCAGAAAACCCUCAACGCCCCUGGCGCAAAUCUCACGCCUGCGCGCUCAUCGGCCUAUGAGCGAGUCAUCAAGGGAAUCGCUUCCACCCGAUUUGGUGGCUCUCUGGUGGGCAAUACGAACCCGUGCAAUAUCUGCCAUGGCGUACCUUCCUCGGAAGCCUGGAGUGUCAUGGGUAUCUUGAAAGACGAAAACCGGGGCCUCAAGUCGCGCCUUGGGGAACUUGAAUUAGUGAUCGAUGAUUGCUUGGGGCUGGUUGGCCCUUGA